AAAAAAAAAACUUUCUGCAAAAAAAAAGAGAGAGAGAGAGAUCACUUUAUUCAUUUCUCUUCAUUUAUUACAACUAUAAUCAGCAAAGAGACUAAUUAAACACACUUUUUACGAAAUAAACAUAGUCUCUUAACUUCAACUCUCUUUCACUCCCUUCCUCCCCCUUUUUUUUUUUCUUUUCUUUUCAAUGCUGAUCUAUUUGUUAUAUCUAUUUUAUUUUGCAAUAGUUGUGGCAGUAGCAUUAUCUUUAUUAUUAUAUACCUAUCAAUGUGAAUUAUUAUAUGCAGCAGGAUUCCCUGCUGGUUCAAGGACAAUUGUUGCAAGACCCUCACAAUAUGGUUUACCUGAUAAAGAAGUGAUACUAUUAACAGAAGAUGGAUAUCGAAUUCGAGCUUAUGUUAUGAUUCAACGUGGCGAAGAAGUAGCAAUACAGUCACCUACCGUAGUUUGUUUUCAUGCACAUACAGGAAAUAUGGGUCAUAGAUUACCUAUAGCACAAGUAUUUUAUAAGAAACUAGGAUAUAAUGUAGUCAUGUUAUCUUAUAGAGGUUAUGGUCUUAGUGAAGGGAAGCCAACUGAAAAAGGGCUUAAAAUUGAUGCACAGACUGUGCUAGAAUAUAUCAAACAACACCCAAUACUUAAACAUACCAAAUUAAUAGCCUUUGGACAAUCAUUAGGAGGUUCAGUUGCUAUUAGUCUUGUAUCAAGAAAUGAAGAUAAAUUUGAUGCAUUAAUUAUUGAAAAUACAUUUCUAAGUGUGCCAUUAUUAGUGCCACAUAUCUUGCCUGCAUUAAGACAUUUAGUAUAUUUAGUACAUCAAACAUGGAGAUCUUACAAGACAAUUAAAUAUGUUCAUCAUAUUCCAAUAUUAUUUUUAUCGAGUUUAAAAGAUGAAUUAGUUCCACCAGGACACAUGGCAAAAUUAUAUAGCAUUUCACAGACAAGUGGAGUUAAAGUUUGGAGAGAUUUUGAAAAUGGAACACAUAAUGAUACAUGUAUGCAGAAUGGGUUUUUUGAAGCAAUUGCUGAAUUUGUACGAGAUUAUGUAUGGGAAUUAGAUUAAAUAACUAUACAAGCAAAUUAUAUCCUACCCUUCAGCUCUUUACUCUGAAUUUUAUAUCGUUCAUCUUUUCUAAAGGAUAUUAUUCGCUUUUGUUUAAGAAAUAAAACUUGUACAGAUAAAUGAGAUUUUAUACUUUUUUUUCUUCUAAAAUAAAGGGAAAUGGACUUCACUACUAAAUGAUUUUUUUUUUUGGGGGGGAGAGUUUCUUUUAUGACCGCCAACAGCAAUCAUGGGAAUAAGCAAUUAUGUGACAGGUUUUGCCACACAAGAAAAAAAAAAUUAGUAAUUGAAGAUCACAA